UGGCUCUGAGUCGCAUUUUUGAGCGGAGUGUCCCAGGGACGGAGGACCCAGGCUGGCUGCAGAAUAUCUGCUUCUCUCCGGCUCAGCGAAGAGUACUUUCCUUGGAAUCGGAGCCCUAACUGCCCCUCCCCAAUCCUAUCCGGCGAAGAACUAAGCGCGGAGGGAGGCAGCGCCUUCCCGAAACAGUUUAUCUUGGGCCGGAUUUCUUGAAGAAAAAAAGAACCAACAGGUUGCCAGCCCCGGCGCCACAAACAAGUCCGUGGAGAGGGAAGCUCCGGCCCCGGUUUCCCCUGCCUGCCUUGGCCCCUCGCGGGCUGUGCGAGGCAAGGGGAGGGAGGGGGCUAUGGCUCGGCCUGACCCGUGUGCGCCGCCCUCGCUGCUGCUGCUGCUCCUGGCCCAGCUUGCAGGCCGGGCGGUGGCCGCCUCCAAGGCCCCUGUGUGCCAGGAAAUCACGGUACCCAUGUGCCGCGGCAUAGGCUACAACCUGACACACAUGCCCAACCAGUUCAACCACGACACGCAGGACGAAGCGGGCCUGGAGGUGCACCAGUUCUGGCCGCUGGUGGAGAUCCACUGCUCUCCGGACCUGCUCUUCUUCCUGUGCUCCAUGUACACGCCCAUCUGCCUGCCCGACUAUCACAAGCCCCUGCCACCCUGCCGCUCUGUGUGUGAGCGUGCCAAAGCUGGCUGUUCGCCCCUCAUGCGCCAGUACGGCUUCGCCUGGCCGGAGCGCAUGAGCUGCGACCGACUACCGGUGCUGGGGCGCGAUGCCGAGGUCCUGUGCAUGGAUUACAACCGCAGCGAGGCCACCACAGUGCCCCCUAGGCUCUUCCCGGCCAAGCCCACCCACCCAGGACCGCCAGGGGGCCCAUCCUCUGGAGGCGAGUGCACCUCAGGGGGCCAAUCGGUGUGCAAGUGCCGUGAGCCAUUUGUGCCAAUCUUGAAGGAGUCUCAUCCGCUCUACAACAAAGUGAGGACCGGCCAGGUACCCAACUGCGCGGUUCCCUGCUACCAGCCCUCCUUCAGCCCCGACGAGCGCACGUUCGCCACCUUCUGGAUCGGCCUGUGGUCUGUGCUGUGCUUCAUUUCUACCUCCACCACGGUGGCCACCUUCCUGAUAGACAUGGAACGCUUCCGCUACCCUGAACGCCCUAUCAUCUUCCUGUCAGCUUGCUACUUGUGCGUGUCUUUGGGCUUCCUGGUGCGCCUGGUCGUGGGCCAUGCCAGUGUCGCCUGCAGCCGUGAGCACAGCCACAUUCACUAUGAGACGACAGGCCCUGCACUGUGCACUGUGGUCUUCCUGCUGGUCUACUUCUUCGGCAUGGCCAGCUCCAUCUGGUGGGUCAUCCUGUCGCUCACCUGGUUCCUGGCAGCUGGCAUGAAGUGGGGCAACGAGGCCAUUGCUGGCUAUGCGCAGUACUUCCACCUCGCCGCGUGGCUCAUCCCAAGCGUCAAGUCCAUCACCGCGCUGGCGCUGAGUUCUGUGGAUGGGGAUCCAGUGGCUGGCAUCUGCUACGUGGGCAACCAGAACCUGAACUCGCUACGUGGCUUUGUGCUGGGCCCUCUCGUGCUCUACUUGCUAGUGGGCACACUCUUCCUCCUGGCAGGCUUCGUGUCACUUUUCCGCAUCCGUAGUGUCAUCAAGCAGGGUGGCACCAAGACAGACAAGCUAGAGAAGCUCAUGAUCCGAAUUGGCAUCUUCACACUACUUUACACAGUGCCCGCCAGCAUUGUGGUGGCCUGCUACUUGUAUGAACAGCACUAUCGCGAGAGUUGGGAAGCUGCGCUCACCUGUGCGUGCCCAGGCCAGGACGCCGGCCAGCCACGAGCUAAGCCAGAGUACUGGGUGCUCAUGCUCAAGUACUUCAUGUGCCUCGUGGUGGGCAUCACGUCUGGCGUCUGGAUUUGGUCCAGCAAGACUGUGGAGUCAUGGCGGCGAUUCACCAGCCGCUGCUGCUGCCGCCAGCGACGGGGCCACAAGAGUGGCGGCACCACGGCUGCCCGGGACUAUGCCGAGGCAAGCGCAGCGCUCACAGGCAGGACUGGGCCGCCGGGCCCCACCACAGCUGCCUACCACAAGCAGGUGUCCCUAUCGCAUGUAUAGGAGGCCUCAGCCCUGGAGUGAGGGAGGAGGGUUGUUUUGUUUGGUAGCUUUGCCAAGGUCACUUCCGUUUACUUUCCUGGUGCUGAUGCCCCCUCCUGGGGCAAGUUGGAGAGAGGGGAAAGGGCCCUUUCGAGGGUGUAGCUGUCCCAGGACUUCUCAGAGGGGCUCAGCUCACGUGUAUUCUAUUUGCGUUUCUUACUGCUUUCUUUAAGGGAACCCUGUUUCUAAUUUAUAUGUAUUUUUCUUAAUUUUUAACUUUGUUGCGUUUUUGGCAACAAAAUUUACCUUUGCUUUGGGGGCUUUACAAUCCUAAGGUUGGCAUUAUAAUGAAGUUCUACCUGGUUCAGGUUUCUUUGAACUGUGUGGAUAUUAAUUGGAAAAAUAUACUUCCUAUAUUUGUGUCUUUAAAAAAAAAUGUGAACAGUGAAAAGUUUGGAUUAUCACGACUGGGAAGUUGACUGGUGUUCUUUUUCAGCUUGUUUUCUCCUUCCACUGCUUAAAGUGUCCAAGAUCUUUGAAGGUGAGCCACUUGUCCCUCCUUAUGAAACUCCAGGUCAUGCCAAGGGCAGCUUAAUGUGGUUAGGGCCUCCCAGAAGUGACAGGGUUAGGGAGUGUUUAGCGAUUUGGGGUCCAAGCUAGCUUUGUUUAGUGAGCUUCAGUUUCUUUUCUGUAGAACUUGUAAUCAUUCUCAUUCUUAACAGCGCCAGCGUUUUGAAUACGUUAGAGGUAGCAGUAUAGUGCCAGGUGUAAAUAUUUGGAGUAGUGAAGACCUACGGGAUGGGAAUUGGUUGAGCUUGAAUUCUAGAUUGCUACGAUGUCAGCUCUGUGCCAGAGGAGUGGGCAGCUUCAUAGGCUUCAGUGAUCCCAAGCUUUUUACAGAAUAACUUGGGUUGUAAUUUUUGGUAAAAGUAAACCCACUCCCUUCUUCUGGAACUACUUAGUGACCAUCGCUAAAGGGGGCUGCUUUGCAGAUUUAAGGACUGAAAUGGGUAUACCUCUAUUAAUUAAGUAAAUUUCCACCGUUUACCUGCUCCACCAGAGCCCCGCCUCCUUUAUCAUGUUAAACAGUCUUUUUGCUUUUCUUAUUCCUCCUCUCCUGGAGAGCUGUGAUUAGAAACCACACCCACCCUUGAAUGAGGUGCUCGAACUGGGGGAGGGAAGCUGGCUACCUGUGAACAAACAUUGGCAGCAAUGAGAGAAAAUAAGUGUCCCUGGACUUUGGACUAGUGUGUAGCCAGAGAUGUAUUCCACAAGUGGCAAGACAUUGCUCUCUGCAUCUCAGAAAACAAAUGAGACCUAUAAGACACUUGCAUUCGUUUUAAAAAUGUUUCCUCCAUCCCCACCUCAGUAUGUUUUUCUCCCCUUUUUCCUGAGAAAACCUAUGUAUUGAUGUGUGCACGUACAUACAUACACAUGCAUUUCUUUACUAUUAGGAAAUCCUGCUUGCUUUCCUCAUCCGUUUCACCGUUCAUUCAUGAAGAGUGCUAGGCCAGGGUGGAGGAGGCAGGUGACAGAGCAUUGGCCAGCAAGACACCAAUGACCAGGGUUGAGGAGAGACUAAAUUUAGGAAGCUAAACUGGCAAAAGCUGCUGUCUUUUUCUUUGUGCAGGAAUCUGGAAAUGGUGCGUGGUGUAUCUAAAACUUGGGGAAUGAGUGGAUGAAAAUAAUUCUUCAUUUAAAAACUUUUUUUUUCCAUUUUGGCCACAUGCCAAACCUAAAAAGAACAACCAAUGUACUUAAAAAAAUGAGACAGCUAACACAAAGGACACUAGGCCAAGGAGAGGCACUUACAGGUACUGCUUUUGGGGGUUUACUUUGAGAGCCGCCUCCUUGUUUGCAGUCUCGUUUUCACUCUCUGUUCCCUCCAGGAUAAAGCCCACCUGCUUCCCUGAAGUCUCACUGGUAGCCACCACCUCACCCCCUACCCAGGGGAGAGAAGCCACAGCUAUUGCCGGUCACCCCCCCACGCCCCUCCCCCACACUAUUACCCUCCCCUGGAUUUGCAUUUUUUAUUAGACAGACAAUCCAUACUCAUGAAAACAGUGAUGAAGUGGAAGUCUGUGGGGUGGUUUAGCAGUUUCUUCGCAGGCAGCUUGAUGAGCUUGGACAGGAUUCGGGGCUCGGUUGGGUCUCUGCGCGCAGCAUCGGGGCUGCUCCUUCCACAGUUCCAUUCUAAGUAAUGCCUUACUGACUUUAUAGAUUAGAGUGAAGAUUUUAGAAGGUUGCCUAAAGGAACUAGGGAGACCUCUCCGUGAAUCAGUUGACAUGACCUUAGGAAGUGCUUUUAAUUUAUAUUAUUUCCCUCCUCACAUUUUGAAGUUGUCUAAAUUGGCUGCAAAUUAUUUUUCUUGGUGCCUUAUUGGUUUACCCUUGGAAACCUUUGUCAUAUUUUCACCUGACCACUUCCAGUGACGGGCCUGUGUGUGUUGUGUGUAAUUGUGCGCAUGCACAAGCUUAAAUAAUGUGCCGACAGCACUGUUUCUAAGUUGGUCUUCAUUAGGCUGUUUCCUCCUGGGCCAGGGCUGCACUAAUCCUGACACCGGCUGCCAGGAGAAAACCUCAUGGAUCCCGCACCGAACCUUAAUAACAGCAUCCGUGACCUGCACUGUCAAGUACAGAAUGGGACCCCCAGAGCUAGGAAAUGUAGUUGUAUAUUUUAAUGAACUGCUACCCCUGCUAAAGAGGCUUCUUUCACUUUUGUGCUCUACAGAAAGACCAAGGGGGGUAGAAGGGACAAAGCUUUGAAUAACUGCUUUCUAACACCGAAUGUGGCAAACAGGACAGAGCACAUCACAAAUCUAGGCAGGUGGAAGGUACAGUGGCUGAGAUUUGCCUGCUCCCUCUGCCUGCCCUUUCUUGCCUCCAAAGACCAGUCAGGUGAUCUUGGGGGGGGGGGGGAAUGCCCCUGAGUUGGUGAGGGUGGUUCUGAAAGAAAAAGCUACCAAGACAUUAAAGCAGGGUGAGGGGUGGGCAGGUUGUCCGUCACUAAGGAACCUGAUUCAGAACUCGCAAAGCUGAGCAGGUUGAUGACAAUUACAGGAUUGAUUUCAGCCAGGAUAAUGUCUGUGGCACAUCAUUUUAUGACAAUAUUGCUUCAUGUUGUUACAAACUGUCUGUAUAGUCUGUAUAUGAUGUGGGUUUGUAUAUACAUAAUAUAUAUUAUAUAUAUGAGAGAUUUAGUGACUUUUGAUACGGGUUUGGUGCAGGUGAAUUUAUUACUGAGCCAAAUGAGGCACAUACCGAGUCAGUAGUUCGAGUCCAGGGCAUUUAAUACUUUUUAUGAUUUCCAUAUAUGUAUAGUGCCUAUCUCAUACAGUGUCUUCACAGAGAUAUCCCCAGAACUCAUGAAUCGGAGCCAGCAAUAUUUUAUUUGUAGACAAUCAACUUGAAGCUAUAAAUUAUUACUGGCAGAUGAUUAUAAUUCUGAAUCCAUAACACUAACAAAUGGAAACCCAGAGCAUCUUGAGAAGUUUUUGUUUUGUUCCUGGAAGUCAGUAGAACAGCUGUGUAUGUGGUUAUGUUAGUCUCAUGAUAAUUUGCUGACCUUAUUAUUUCAGAAAAAUUUUGUAUGUAUUAUAUUUGUGGGAAGGUAAAAUAAUGCUUUGAGAUUUUUAUCAAAUAUGGAGAGUAGUUAUUUAUGAAAAAACAAAGAAAUGUCUAUUUUUCUUUCUUUGUUCCCAACUAAUGUAGAUAAAUUUUAAAGUACAAUUAAAGCAAUGGCAAAGAAAAUAAGAUGUGCCCUGACUGGUUUGGCUGCAUUGGUUGGGUGUCGUCCUGCAAAAGCAGAGGGUCGCCGGUUCGAUUCCUGGUUGGGGCACAUGCCUGGGUUGCAGGCCUGAUCCCCAGUUGGGGCGCAUGUGAGAGGCAACCAGUCAAUGUUUCUCUUCCUCUCUUUCUCCAUCCCUUUCCCUCUCUCUGAAAAUAAAUAAAUAAAAUCUUUAAAAAACAAAGAAAAGA